GACUUCCUUUUUACUCCCGAAUGCGCGCAUUUCAGUGAAACCACGGCAUUUUUUGCACAAUGAAGAUCGUUACCUGGAACAUAAAUGGCAUAAGGACUCUCAGAGGCGGUAUUAAAAUGGCUCUUGAUUCACUGGACGCAGAUAUUGUCUGUGUUCAGGAGACAAAAGUGACAAGAGACCUGCUUGAUGAAAGAACUGCCAUUGUUGACGGCUACAACUCCUAUUUCAGCUACAGUCGAGGACGCAGCGGCUAUUCAGGGGUUGCCACAUACUGUAAGGACAGUGCCACUCCUUUUGCUGCUGAGGAGGGUCUCACAGGUCUGCUGACCAACCAUGAAGGGGCUGUUGGAUGCUACGGUGACCACACUGAGUUUUCAAGUGAGGAGCUGCAGCUUUUGGACAAUGAGGGACGAGCCAUCAUCACACAGCACAAAAUCAUGUGUCAGGAAAAAGUGCAAACUGUUACUGUAAUCAAUGUAUACUGUCCCCGGGCGGACCCUGAAAAGCCAGAGCGAAAGCAGUUCAAACUUCAGUUCUACAAGUUGCUUCAGUGUCGGGCUGAAGCAAUACUGAAAAAUGGCAGUCAUGUGAUCGUUUUAGGAGAUGUAAAUACAUCUCACCUGCCAAUAGACCACUGUGACCCCAGUGAUAUUGAUGAUUUUGGUGAAAAUCCUGGGAGGAAAUGGCUGAAUGUUUUUUUGCACAGUGGCAAAGCAGAAGAGAACAGGAAUGAGGAGGAGCCUGAUGAAGAAUCUGAGGGAACUUCAGUAGACAACAUCCAGGGUGGAAAAUUUGUGGAUACCUUUCGCUAUUUCCACCCAACUCGACCAAACGCCUUCACAUGCUGGUCCACUCUCACUGGAGCGCGGCAAACCAACUAUGGCACACGCAUUGACUAUAUCUUCGCUGACUGCCAGCUAGCCAAGGAGCAGUUUGUGGCAGCAGACAUUAUGCCAGAGGUGGAGGGGUCUGACCACUGCCCUGUAUGGGGGCAGCUGAACUGCACUCUCCUGCCCGGUUCUAAGCCUCCUCCCCUUUGUACUCGCUACCUGCCAGAGUUUGCUGGCAAGCAGCAGAAACUCUCCCGCUUCCUUGUUAAGGUGGACCAAAAAUCAAUUCAGUCUGAGCAGAGGGAUUCAUUACCUGGAUCUCAAGAGGAGGAGGAAAAGAGGGAGAACUUGAACCCAUUUGGAGCUGGAAACAUCUCUGGUAAAAAACGGCUAUCAGCAUCAGAUUCUGUUGUCCCAAACGGGAAAAAAACAAAGACUUCUUCAAAACCACAAGGCAGCCUCCUUUCCUUUUUCAAACCUAAACUCACAAAUGUUGUUCCCACUGGUGAAGCCCCUGUCAGGCAGUGUGAAAAAAUACUCAGCCUGGAUGAAAUUACCCCUACACAAAACUCCCAAAAAGCUUCCACAACUAGUGAAAAUGUGUCUUCAGUCACAGACAGAGUACCUGAAGAUACAGAGCGAGCCAUUGGUGGUUCCACACAGAUGUGUAUUGGCAGCACCACAGAGAAAUAUGACAAACAGGUGAAGACAAAACAUUCAACAUCAGAACCCACUGUGGGAAACUCAAAUGGCAACAAAGGGGCAUCAUUUGUGUUUUGGAAGUCAGUGCUUCAUGGACCACCUCCACCACCCUCCUGUAAGGUCCACGGGGAACCCUGUGUGCUUCGUACUGUAAAAAAGGAGGGGCCAAACAUGGGCAAACAGUUCUUUGUGUGUGCCCGUCCUCAGGGACAUACCUCCAACCCUGAGGCUCGAUGUAAUUUCUUUGCAUGGGUUGACAAGGGGAAGUGAAGUGUUGUUUUUCCUGUCUUUUCCUCUAGCUCAAGCAAGUACUG